CCACAGCCUUUUCCGAGCGCAGAAACACACGAGAGACAACGCAGAGAGGAACACGACUUAAUCGGAUCACUGAACAGCUCCAACACACUUGGAUUUAUUAUAACUAUGACUCUGGAAGAAAUCCGCGAACAAGAGAACACAAUGGAAAACGCUGAUAGGGUGCAAAGUGCAGGCGCAGCCCUGGAGGAGCUGCUGAUCGCCGCUAAGAAGCAGGACUACCUCACAGUGGGAGUCUACGAGUCCGCCAAAGUCAUGAAUGUCGACCCAGACAGCGUGGCGUUCUGCGUCCUCGCCACGGACGAGGAGUACGAGUGCGACAUCGCUCUCCAGAUUCACUUCACCCUCAUCCAGGCGUUUUGCUUCGACAACGACAUAAACGUGGUGCGGGUCAACGACAUCGAUCGUCUGGCCAGCCUGGUGGGCGCAGACGACAGCGGCGACUCCAAGGACGCGCACUGCAUUCUCGUUACGAGCCCCAGUGCGAACCCAUGGAAAGACCCUGCUCUGGACAAGCUGAGCCUGUUCUGCGAGGAGAGCCGCAGCGCGUACGACUGGGUGCCCACCGUCACACUCCCAGAGCGCUGAAGAGACCGUUCCCCCAAUUAAAGAUGAUGAAGAAACGAAAAAAAGUCAACCCCUCAGCUGAGGGAGUCAAGCCUUAUUGCUUCACUUGUCUGGAUUAAGAGGCUGUGACUGCACACCAAUCCAGAGCAUUCUGGGGUCAGCAUGUUGGGUCUGGAUCACCCAGGGUGGAUGGCUGGAGUUCAGAGGCCAGGUGUUGACUGCUGUCAAGUGGACACUGAGAAGGAGCCGGACUGUGCUGGAUGGUGCAUUAGGUGGUGACCUGGCGCUGCCCUGCGUUAGAGAGGCCUGUAUGAGGAGUUGGGCAGCAGGUCGCAGAGAAAUGACCCAGUGGACUUGUGAAAGUGUGGAAACCGGACUGAAUCUAAUCCCAUAGGAGCGAGUCCGACGCUGGUUCCGAUGGCGUCCAAAAGAGUCUACAAAGGACUUUUCUUGUUGGGUGCAGCUAUAUAUUUACAUCAGGAAGUUCUUGGGAAAAGCGGAUGCUCUGCUUGCAAAUCCUGAUUUUUAGCUGCAUCUCGUCCUGCAAGACAUCACCGGACUAUUUGUCAUUGCUUUCAGAUAUGCAACGAUGCAAUAUCUUAUUUGAAUUGUACUCAUUUUUGAAUAAACAUUUUUUAAACCAAA